AAAAUACAAGCACUUGCUAUAAUGUUUAGUGCAUUAAAUUGUUGCGGUUCUUGAAGAUGGUCAGCAAUAAAAUUACAGUUAAUAGAGUGUUAAAUAUUUGCGUCUUUCUAAUUGGAUUCAUCCUAUUAAAUGGAGUUUUAUAUCGAUCAGCAAAUGGAUUUUUUAUUGACUAUACAGAAAAUUCAGAGCUUAUACAACAGCAAAUUGGAUACAAUAUUACGCUGCAAUGCAGUUUAAAAGGCCUGGUGGAUGAAACCAAAACUUCGGAUAUUACAUAUUAUUGGUAUUUCAAGCAAUGUGGUGAAGGUUCUGGUGGUACUCUCAAUUGUUAUGAUACAAAUGACAAUGAAGACUGGACUCAGUUGCCCUGUGAAGAUAAUGUUUGUAAAUCGGAGUUGAGCUUGAAGAAUGUAACCGAAAAAUAUUCUGGUCUAUAUAAAUGUACUGUAAUGCCUAAAAUGGGUAAUAUAUUGGAUGUUAAACUAGUGAGAACAUUUCAAUUGGAUAUAAAAAAUUCCUCUAUGAAAAUUCCGGAAUUUUUAGAUGCUUAUCCUUUAAAUAAAACUUUAAGUAGGGGAUCGCAGGCUGUUUUUCAAUGUCGUGUCUUUAGUGAAGAGUAUCCAACCAUUAAAUGGUUUCGUCGUCUACCAAAUUUAAAAUACAGCGAUUAUGAGAAUAUACAUUCAAUAGUGUAUUACAAUGGCCAGGCCUAUGAACUGUUGACAUCGGCCCGUGAGAAACCUACCGCCAUAGAUGUAUAUUUAAGUAAACUUAUAUUAAAUGAUGUACGUUCCCAAGAUGAGGGCUAUUAUGCUUGUGUGGCCAUAAGUUUUCGUGGUCAUAAUAUACGAGAAGCUUAUUUAAAAGUAUAUGCAUCAGACAAUGAUGAUUCGGCGGAUUACUGGUCGGAUUAUAGUGAGGAAGACGAUGACUUACCUACAGAUCCUAAGAAAUUUUGGUUACUCUUUCUAAUGCCUGUGGGUUUGGCAUUAUUGCCAAUAUCAGUAUAUCUGUGUUAUAUCAUUCAUAAGCGUUAUAGAAAUUCCAAUAUAAUGGAUCAAGCUAAAUAUUUCGGAGAAUAUGAUCAACAGUGUAUGUUAAGAUCGUAAUACAUACUUAAGUACAUAAUUACUACACAUUGCAAGAAUUCAAGUAUUUUAUUUUUAAAAUAACUUGAUUCUUUUGUUAAGAACACAUACAUACUUAUAAAAUAAAAGAUCGCUGUGCAAAUUUAAAUUUCCUAGCAUACCAAAGAUUGUAUUUAAAAUUAAAUAUAGUAUUUAAAACAUGUCACUACGGUUAAUUAGAGUUUACGCUUAUUAGUUGUAAAUAUCAAAUAUUUUAAAUAAAAUGGUAAAUUAUAAUUUUGAA